CGCUCGACGAAGCGACAGGUUCUUGACGACCCGCAUGGCUCCCCUCCUCUCAGUGCUGUCCUUUUCUUCGUCCUCUAUCCCUCAGGAUUCACGGCCGUCUCAAUGCUUGACGGCGUCGACCUUGAUCCUGGCUUGAUCUCAUUGCUUUACCAGCUUCCUAUACUCCUCCAUGCACAGCCGCCUCCAAUCCCGUGAGCUCGUCACCUGAUAUCAGCAUCAUCAACACCCCCGUACCGUUUUCGACCAUCAAUCAUCCUGCUUUGCCAGAGAACAGCAGCAGAUUGAUUUUGGACCGUGAUCGGUUUGAAAGCUGUGGUCAUCGCUCCCUUGGUUUAAGCACGCAAGCCACUUCCAUUCCGCAUUACGUCACCUGCUACAUACCUUUUGUGCCUUUCCAAGGGGUUGUGCUGACCUCCUUGUCCCCAAGCAGCGCUCUCCAGUGAUGGAAUGAUUCUCCAGGAGGGCUAGAGAGACAGAAAUUUUGGCGAAGGAGUUUUGGGUUUUCUAUAUUGUUAAUUUGACUCCAGGGCUGCUGGUUUGCACCGUCUCCUGGGUUGAACCACCUUUCCCAACAGGUAUAUCAAAGCAUUGAAUCUCGGAGUUACCUCGAUACAAUGGGAUCAAUUCGUGGCGAUGUGUUGGAGCGUGGGUCGCGAGUUGCGAGAGGUGGUGAAACUUCAUCACAGGACUUCAGCACAAGACCAGAAGUGACAUCUCCUGCCCAGCAAGCUAGGUCCGAGGAUUCUUGGAUAGAGGUUGCAUCCCAACCUUCCUCCUCAUCCCUAUCCUCAGCUACAGCAAACGAUGAGAUCGUUACAACCGGACUAAGGGUCCAGCAGCACCGCACUGGUCGUGGCGUCCGACAUCCUAUCGUUCCCCAAGACCUGGACAUAACGUACUCCCAUCGCCAGCCUAUGGUAAAUGAAAGCAGUCAGGAAGAAUAUGAAGAAACUGAAAGCGAAUCGGAUCGCGUUUUGAGCAGCUCAAACGAAGAUAUUUCUAGACCUCCACGCCCAGCACUCGCGUUCAUUCCAGGAAAUCCAUCAACAUCCGAUGUUGCUCUCUCGAGUGAUGAAGAUGAUAGCUCAACAGCACUCGGGUUGAAUCCUCCCGCUUUUACUCCGCAACCUAAUGUAUUCUCACAUCCUCCGACCUCCCAGACUAGUGCCCGACCUCAUUCAAACUUUCCUACUUCGGGUUAUGGACCCGGCCCGAUGGACAAUAGAGCGAGAAGCCGUCGAAACUCCCGAGCCGGCUUACAUUCCGCGCGUCGGACACGAACUCAUCAGCAACAACAUUCUCCCUACAACAUGUAUUCUCCGUCGCACCAUGUAGAUCAUGAUGCAGCGCUCCGUGCAAGCCUGUCUACUCUUUUGUCAUGUGCUGCAGCUGCCCGCGGCCUACCGAAGCGGGACAACCAAUGUUCGGCCCCAGAAAGGUCCAAUGCCACAAGGUCGUCAGACCCUCCGACAUUCCGGUUGGUCCCCGAGUCUGUUGCUAUGCGGGACGAUGACUCCGAUCAGAACGACACAACUCUAAAAGAACCACAAUUCCGAACACCGCCGCCCCCACCUUCGAAACGAUCCCGGUCCCCGCUGAAAUCCACAAACAAAGCAAGGCGAAAAUCAAGCCCGUCUAAGGAUCAUUCUGCUGCUCAACCGUUGCCAAAGAAGGCCCGCCGCACGGCCGUAACUGAGACUGGCUCUUUGCUGGGGCCUACCGUGAUGACGUGGGUUAUCAGUGCUGGCGUUGUUGUCCUAUUCUCGGCAAUUAGCUUUUCUGCAGGUUAUGUCCUAGGCCGGGAGGUCGGAAGGACAGAGGCCGGCCAGGGACUUUAUGCAAAUGGCAACGGACUGUCAGGCGCAAGAACCGGCGCUGGGUGUGGAAAAGAUGCCGUUAAGGGUGGUUUACGGCAAUUUCGAUGGGUUCGCGGCGGCUCUGGGUCAGGAAUAGCGGCCUAGAUGCACCUUCGGCUAUUUUCGCCGAUUCAUAUAACUUCUAUCCUACAAACGCCUUUUUAAAUCAUGAUGAUGACGGGUUUGGUUUUAUCGGAGUUAGUGGCCCCCCAUUGGAGUGGGACAUAUUGUCCUUGUGAUUCGGUCUCUUUUAGUUUGCUCAUUACAUUUUAUUAAUUCCC